UUUAGACAUCAUUCAGAAGGUGACCUAUCAAAAGAGAUCAAAAUGAAGAAUCCCUUGUCGUGGCUGAGAUCGGUGGAUAAAUAAACUUGCGUCCUUUUCUAAAUCUCAAAACCAUCCAGCGAUGAAGAAUAUCAAACCAAAUUCGGAAGCAGGAGACGAUACAAAAGAACUCAUAGACUUAUAUUGUUUACUAUGAAAAAAUCGAUCAGAAUAACCUCUUUUUAACGAAGCCCUCUGCAAAGAUAUUGAAAGGAGCACACGAACAACCCAUUUUCGUUUAUCACUCAUUUUAUUGUCAUAUUUAGUAGAACAUGUGUUAAUUUGAAAAAUAUAAUGUAAAAAAAUAUGAAUCUCAAUCACUGACGGUAGAAAGUUCUUGUUCGCCUUGAUAUAAAGGUGAAUUAAUCUCUCUGCCAAAGUUAUAAUUGCCAAGUUGAAGAUGAACAAAAAUUCGUAAGCAUACGAUAAAAUUUUUCGUGCCGUUGAGAUGAAAUAAAAAAAAUUAUUGUUGUGUUCUCACCUGAUUUGGCUUACAUAUUUUUACAACAUCUCAAUAACCAACAAAUAUCUGAUUUUUUUAAAAAAAAUCGUCGAUGUUUACGCCAUGGCCAGGAUAACAUCGAGAGAGACUCGUAGACGAAAAAAAAAGAGUUUAAUCUUUCCAGGAGCGAUCUCAGCUACUAGUUACAUAUGGAACUUAGCUGCCGCUCUACAAACAAUAUUAGCUCACACAAUGGAGAGACAAACGAGGCUCCUAAAGAAGUAUGCGUUUACAUUCGGUCGGAAGAGACUGGACCGACAACGAGCUUGGUCAUGUCCCCGAACCUGACGGAGCGUCACCCUUGAACAAUGGCACUGACUCACUGAAGGACGGCAGAACUUCGUUUCAGAGACAGAAAACGGGAGCCCAUGACGGAGAGAAUGGAUUCUUGGACAUGAAGGAAACAACGCUAAAUGAGCGUGAAUCUGAGCAAUGUGAUGAAAUGAGCAUUCACAGAGGGAAAGUAAAGUUUUAUUGAGGAAACAACAAGAAGAAGAGAGAAGAGAAGCAAGUCCUAUGGCUUCCGAGGAAACAAAGACGCCGGCAUUGCCUGCGACAAGCGAAAUAGAAGCUGAGAAUGCUACUGAAAUUAGAAGGAUCUCUGUGGUAACAGAACUGCAACUUUCAGACAUAAGUGAUGACGUAGGUACUUGCUGGCGUGAGCUGGGACCAAAGCUUGAUAUCCCUGCAGCAAAGAUCCAAAACCUGGAUAACGAUUAUUGCUGUAGUCGCGACAAAGCAAACGCCUUACUCCUCUUGUGGAAACAGAAAGAAGGGAGAAAUGCAUUGGUAGGGUGUCUGGCGGAUGCUUUAGUAAGCAUUGGGAAAAAAUGCAUUGCAGAAAAGCUUCUUGUUGGCACAACUCUGGGUGUGGUUUUACGAGACUCAAUCGGAAAAGUGCUCCAUAAAUUUUCCAGCAACCCUAUCAACCGGAUUGUGUGUAAUCAUGAUUGUUGAAAAUUGGUUGUUUAAAGAAAAGGUUGCUAAGUUAAGUAAUUGCUCUCUUGCAAGGAAUAAAAAUCUUUCCCUAACUACGGAUAUUCUAAAUGGUGACAUU